AUGGAUAAACAAGACUUUGAAGAAAUAUUCAACCAAAUCAAAAUCAAUUUCUGGCUCAUUGGGAUACCUUUUAAUGAACCCAAAUUAACUAUCCGAUACAUUAUUUUAUUGUUCACGAUAUUAACUGUCGCGUUAGCGGAGGCUGCUUUUUUCUAUUCGAAACUUUCUGUUGAAAAUUUGUUGGAACUAACCCAACUAGCACCAUGUACAUGCAUCGGUUUGCUGUCAAUUCUUAAAAUAAUAUUCAUCACAAUUAAAAGACAAAAUAUUUUUCAAUUAACCGCUUGUCUGAAACGUUUGUACGAAGAUACUAUUAACAGUGCGAACAAAUGGGAGUUAAUAAAAAAAGACAUUAUAUUUCUCAAAUAUUUAGUGAAAUAUUUUUUCAUUUUGAACGCAAUACUGAUUGUAGUUUACAACUUUUCAUCUCUUAUAUUAAUAUGGUAUAAUUACUAUACUAAGGGUGUAAUCAUUUAUAGUUUACCUUAUGCCGUAUUGGUACCAUUUCUGAAAGAUUGUUGGUACACUUGGCUGUAUAAAUAUAUUCAUUUAAUUAUGAGUGGUUUUAUAUGCGUCUUGUAUUUUACAACAGUGGAUGCUUUGUAUUAUAUAAUGACAUCACACUUAUGCAGUCAGUUUGCUAUAUUGAGUGAUGAAUUACGAUCCCUGGAUGAGAACACCACCCACUGUCUGAGAGAUAUUGUUAUAAAACAUCAAUAUAUUUUAAAACUAUCGCAAGAUCUAGAAGAAAUUUUCCGUGCACCGAAUUUAUUAAACGUUUUGGUUGGAUCACUUGAGAUAUGCGCUCUUGGUUUUUCUUUGACGAUGGGAAAUUGGGCACAAAUUCCUGGUGUUAUAUUAUUUUUAGCGUCUGUAUUUGUUCAGAUUUUAAUGAUAAGCGUAUUCGGAGAGAAGCUGAUAAGGGAGAGUAGAAAAAUUGGAGAAUCUGCGUUUUUAUGUAAAUGGUACAAAAUGGAUAAAAAAUCUAAAAAUACUAUACUUCUACUUAUGCUUCGGUCAAACAAACCACAAAAAUUGACUGCUUAUAAAUUUUCAGUAAUAUCAUAUGAAAGUUUCACAAAGAUAAUCAGCACUUCGUGGUCAUAUUUUACAAUAUUAAAAACCGUCUACACGCCACCGGAUACUAGUUAUUAUGAAUAA